GUUACUAACGCAUGUGCAAUACGGUGCUAACUGUGACCGAGAGUGGUUUGUAAUUUUUCAGAAUCAGAAGUUGAGGUUAUGCUUAUGAUGUACGUUUUUGGUGUUUGAUGUUUGUGUCUGUGGCUCAUACUUGAUUCAAAAUGUCAGAACUGGCCCAAAAACGUACUAAAGAUGCAAAUGAAUCUGACGAUGAUAAGGAUGAGGAAAAUGAUGAAUGGAUCGGGCCUUCUCCAUCAGAAGCAACCAAGCCUAAAAAAAGAAAAGUGCUUGAGCACGAGCAUCUCUACUUGGAUAACUUACCUUCAUCUGAAUCUUAUGAAAGAAGUUACAUGCAUCGCGAUAUUGUCACACAUCUUCUUAUCACCAAGACGGAUUUUCUAAUCACUGGGAGUUGUGAUGGCCAUGUCAAGUUUUGGAAAAAGAUGGAAGAAUCCAUAGAGUUUGUGAAACACUUUCGCAGUCAUCUUGGAGCAUUGACCGACAUGGCCGCCAAUUAUAAUGGCUCUCUGCUAUGCACAGUUGCUACUGAUAAAGCACUCAAAGUGUUCGACGUCAUCAAUUUCGAUAUGAUAAAUAUGAUGAAACUCAAUUAUAUACCGCAGUGUGCUGAAUGGAUUCACAGUGUUGGAGAUGCAAUCUCAACAGUUGCAGUAGCUGACUCUCAAUCCAAUAACCUGUACGUCUAUGAUGGUCGGGGAACAAAUACACCACUCCAUGUCUUUGAAAAGCUUCAUACCAAGCCAGUUGCAAUUAUAAAAUUUAAUCCAGUAUUUGAAGUAACAAUUUCUGUGGAUCAAGCUGGAAUACUGGAAUAUUGGUCUGGAUAUAGAAAGGAAUUUAAGUUUCCAAAAUGUGUGAAAUUCGACUCCAAAUUGGAUACUGAUCUGUUCGAGUUUGCAAAGAACAAAACCGUUCCUUCUGGUCUCUGCUUCUCACCCGAUGGUUUGCAGUUCGCAACAAUCUCAGCUGACAGAAAGGUGAGAGUAUUCCAUUUCCUUACUGGAAAAUUAAGAAGGGUAUUAGAUGAGAGCCUUCAGACAUUUUCUGAACUUCAACAAAUGAAGCAACAGUUACCCAACAUGGAGUUUGGGAGGAGGAUGGCAGGUGAAAGAGACUUGGAAAAGAGUGAUGUGUUCCACCUUUGCAAUUUGACUUUUGAUGAAAGUGGCUAUUUGCUAAUGUACGGAACUAUGUUGGGUAUAAAAGUUGUUAAUUUACACACGAACAGGUGUGUGCGCCUACUUGGAAAGUCGGAAAACCUGAGGAUAUUAAAAAUAGCACUGUUUCAGGGUCGUGCGAGGAAAUCCAAAGCUGCUGUCACCGUUGAAUUGGAAGCAUCUGAAAAUCCAACUCUGGAUGCCAUCACGCCUGACCCAACUAUAUUUUGCACUGCUUUCAAAAAGAAUCGCUUCUAUAUAUUUACAAAGCGUGAACCAGAAGAUACGAAGAGUGCAGAUGCAGACAGAGAUGUGUUCAAUGAGAAGCCAUCAAAGGAAGAUAUCAUUUCGGCCACUGAAGCUUCUGGAGUGCAGCACCUCUACGAAAGUGCAAUUAUUCACACGGCCAUGGGAGAUAUUCACAUAAAAUUGUUCAAAGAGUGUCCGAAAGCUGUUGAGAACUUUUGUGUUCAUAGUAAAAAUGGCUACUACAACGGACAUAUAUUUCACAGAGUAAUUAAGGGAUUCAUGAUUCAAACUGGUGAUCCUUCAGGAACUGGCACUGGCGGAGAAAGUAUAUGGGGAGGUGAAUUCCAAGAUGAAUUUCAUCCAAACCUGAGACAUGAUAGACCAUACACAGUAAGCAUGGCGAAUGCUGGCCCAAACACCAAUGGAAGUCAAUUUUUCAUCACAGUGAUACCCACGCCGUGGCUUGACAGUAAACAUACAGUUUUCGGAAGAGUUUCCAAAGGAAUGGAAGUUGUUCAAAACAUUAGCAACGUAAAAACUAAUGCAAAGACAGACAAACCCUAUGACGAUAUACAAAUUAUUAGUAUAACUUUGAAGUAAAAUUUCAACUCUUUUAUAAUAAAACUUUUU